AUGCCGGAGAGCGGAGGACACUUAACCAGACUCGUCUCCUCUCCAUCAGCCUGUCUGUCUGCUUCCGUACUACUAACACCCAUCUCUCUCCACCUCUCUCCCUUCUCUCCUGUCUUCUCCUCCCUGUCCUGCUCUUCCUCCCCGCCUCUUUCCUUCCCUUUCUCCUCCUCCUCCUCCUCCUCCUCCUCCUCCCUGUCUGCCUGUCCGUCUGCCGGCGUGUCUGCCUCUGCCCCAGGCCGGAAGUAUAGCAUAGUGUGCUCCUUCAGUAACGAGUUGGUCCUGUCUGCAGGCUUUGAGAUAGACACCCCUGACGCCUUCGGGAGGACCUGUCUGCACGCGGCUGCCGCAGGGGGGAACGUGGAGUGCGUCAAGCUGCUGCUGAGCAGUGGAGCGGACUGCAGCAGGAAGGACAAGUGUGGCAGGACGCCUCUGCACUACGCCGCCGCCAGCCGCCACUAUCAGUGCCUGGAGCUGCUGGUGUCCUCGGGGACCUGCGUGAACGCCGCCGACCAGUGGGGGCGCUCUGCCCUGCAUUACGCUGCUGCCUCCGACCUUGACAGAAGGAGGCGCGUGGUCCUGGAGCCGGAGAGCGAGGGAGUGCAGGCGGAGAGGGAGAAGGAGGCCGCGCUGUGCCUGGAGUUCCUGCUGCAGAGCGAGGCGGAGGCGACGCUGCGAGACCGGCAGGGCUACAGUGCCGUGCACUACGCCGCGGCCUACGGACACCGGCACUGCCUGGAGCUGGUGAGACGCUUUCCACAGGGCCUAUCCUCAAGCAUCAACUCAGGAAAUUUAGCUACUGGUGCUGACAGCACAGAUGUGGUAGAUGCCGUGGACUCUCAGGGACAGACACCCCUGAUGCUGGCAGUCGCGGGUGGUCAUGGUGAUGCUGUGUCUGUGCUGUUGGAGAGAGAGGCCAGUGUGGACAUUGCGGAUUCACAAGGCCGCACUGCGUUGCACAUUGGGCUGCUGUGCGGACAGGAGGAGUGCGUGCAGUGCCUGCUGGAGCAGGAGGCGGCCGUGUGUGUGGGGGACGCUGCCGGACGAACCCCCUUGCACCUGGCAGCCGCUGGGGGACACGCUUCCUGCCUGAACGAACUGCUGAACAUCGCUCUGUCUGAGGGCUCGCCCCCUUUCCGAGACAACAGGGGCUACACCCCACUGCACUGGGCCUGCUACAGCGGUCAUGAGAGCUGUGUCGAGGUGCUUCUGGAGCAGAAGGCCUGUCGUCGUUUCGAGGGGAACCCCUUCACCCCACUGCACUGUGCAGUGAUGAAUAACCAUGAGGCCUGUGCUUCUAUGCUGCUGGAUGCUCUGGGCUCUGACAUUGUUAACUGCAGUGAUGCCAAGGGAAGGACCCCUCUCCACGCAGCAGCCUUCAUGGACCAUGUGGACUGCCUGCAGCUGCUGCUGUCCCAUGGGGCAUCUGGGAACGCCGUGGACCAAUCAGGGCGCAGCGCGGUGAUGAUGGGGGCGGAGCAGGGCAGCGUCGGGGCUGUAGGGGAGCUGGUAGGAAGUGCAAAGGCCAACCUGAGCCUCACAGACCACAAGAAGAACACAGCGCUUCACCUGGCCUGCAGUAAUGGGCAGGAGCAGUGUGCUCUGUUAAUUCUGGAGAAGCUGACAGACCCAAACCUCAUCAACGCCGCCAAUGCAGCGCUGCAGACUCCUCUCCACCUGGCUGCCCGCAGUGGACUGAAGCACGUUGUCCAGGAGCUGCUGUCCCGAGGGGCCAGUGUCCAGCUUCAGGAUGAGAACGGUCUCACUCCCGCUCUGGCUUGUGCUCCUAACAGAGAGGUGGCUGACUGCCUGGCGCUCAUUCUGGCUACCAUGAUGCCUUUCUGCUCCCCUUGCAGCUCCGGAGCGCCCUCCCCUGGCUCCCUCCUGAAGGCGCCGAUAGCUGGGAGGGGGGGCGGCAGGGGUGCUCGGUCCCCUCCAAGCCCCGCCGGCGCCUCCGGCCCCCCCAGCGAGGGCCAGGGGGACACCACCGAGAACGACUCCGAUUCCGAGACCUUCUGAGCCCGUGGCGCCCCCUGCAGGUGGCCGUGGAGGGCAGGGGCCUUUGCGGACGAGCGGGGGUUGUGGGCACGGACAGGCGUGUGUGUCUGGAAGCAGGAG